CGUAUACCUGGAGCAGAGCAGCCGUCAGCCGAGGCAUUCGUGAUUCGCUUCCCCACGAACCGACGAGUCGACGACCAUGCCCGCCGCCGCCCCGGCGGCGGCAACGGGCUCGUCUCCUGUGCCACAAACCGGGCUCGCGCGGCACACGUGUGGCGCAGCUGCUGCCGCGCGUUCUCUGGUUGGCUGCCGCAUGGUUGGUUCCACCACUGAUCAUGUCGCGUGGCGUGGCGUGUCUGGCGUUUUUUGGGCCGCGCCUCAUGCCUCGCGCGCAUCCCAUGAUCCCAUCCCUUAAAUAGACGCCACCGCCGCGCCGAGCUGGAGCAGACACGAGCAGUGCAGGUCGAUCUGCGCGGACAUGGCGGAGGCGGCGGCGGACAUGGCGCACGUGCUGGUGUUCCCGGUCCCGGCGCAGGGCCACCUCAACAGCUUCCUCCACUUCUCCACGGGGCUCCUCCGCGCCGGCCUCCACGUCACGUUCCUCCACACCGACCACAACCUCCGCCGCCUGGGCGCCGCGGCGCGCGAGGCCGCGGCCGCCUCGCCGCGCCUCCGCUUCCUGUCCGUCCCCGACGGCCUCCCCGACGACGACCCCCGCGCCUUGGACGGCAUCCCGCGGCUCAUGGAGACCCUGAGGACCACGGGCGGAGCCGCGUACCGCGACCUGCUCGCCUCGCUGCGGCGUCGCGAUGGGGGCGCCGAUGACGGGUUCCCGCCGGUGACGUGCGUCGUCGCCGACGGCGUCAUGCCGUUCGCGUGGGAGAUCGCCGAGGAGCUCGGCGUCCCCGCGAUCGCGUACCGCACGGUGAGCGCGUGCUCCGUCCUGGCGUACAUGUCCGUGCCCAGGCUCAUCGAGCUCGGCGAGCUCCCGUUCCCCGAGGGCGGCGGCGACCUCGAUGAGCCCGUCCGCGGCGUCCCGGGGAUGGAGAGCUUCCUGCGGCGGCGAGACCUCCCGAUCGAGUGCCGUUCCCUCACCGAGACGCACCAAGACCCCUUGCUGAAGGCGGUGGUCGCGGCCACCGCGCGCAGCCGCAAGGCCAGAGCGCUCAUGCUCAACACGACCGCGUCCCUAGAGCGUUCAUCCCUCACCCACCUCGCCCAGGAGAUGCGCGACGUGUUCGCCGUCGGGCUGCUCCACGCCAUGUUCCCCGCGCCGGCGGCCGCCACGAGCCUGUGGCGCCACGACGACGGGUGCACGGCGUGGCUCGACGGCCACGCGGAGCGGUCCGUGGUGUACAUCAGCCUGGGGAGCCUCACCGUGAUCUCCCACGAGCAGUUCACCGAGUUCCUACGCGGGCUCGUCGCCGCCGGCUACCCGUUCCUCUGGGUGCUCCGGCCGGACAUGCUCGGGGCGAGCCAGGACGACGCGCUCCGGGAAGCCGUCGCCGCGGUCGGGGAAGACAGGGCUCUCGUCGUGCCGUGGGCGCCGCAGCGGGACGUGCUCCGGCACCGCGCCGUGGGGUGCUUCCUGACGCACGCCGGGUGGAACUCGACGGUGGAGGGCGUCGCCGAGGGCGUGCCGUUGGUGUGCUGGCCCUUCUUCGUCGACCAACAGAUCAACAGCCGGUUCGUGGGCGCCGUGUGGAGGAACGGGCUGGACAUGAAGGACGUGUGCGAGAGGGACGUAGUGGAGAGGACGGUGAGGGAGGCCAUGGAAUCCGAUGAGAUCAGGAGGUCGGCUCGCGCCCUGGCGGAGCAGGUGGAGCGUGACAUCGCCGACGGCGGGUCGUCGGCGAUGGAGUUCGGGCGGCUCGUCGGCUUCAUCAAGGAGCUCAGCAGAACGUCAGCCGCAGAGGUCGGUCUCCAAAUUCAAGAAUGAACGGAACUAGCCAAAGGCUUCCUGGCUAUACACAUCUAUUGUGGAGCAUUGCUCGAUAUCGUUAAGAUUGGAUUGCUACUUAAGAUAGGUCGUAUGAGGUUGUUGUUCAGUCAUCGAUACAGUUCGUAUGUUUUUUGUUUCUAUGAAAUCGAUAAAAAGUCUGUUGGAUGUUACUCAA